AUGACUUCGAACAUACUAUCCAGAUUUUUGCCCCCUGCUGCGGGAGAGCCCUCGGUGUAUGAGACGUUGCGGCAGCAUGACGAGCUGUCAGAUCAAUCUGACGUGGAAGAAAGAGCAGCUAUGAUGUUAGAUGAAGAGAAUCUCAGUACUGGCUUCCAUGACUACGAGCUUGAUGAUGCUCUGGCCGAUGCUACUGCCGACCAAGGUGCUCCGUCGAGGACAGGAAAUUCGAGCCGGCAAAGCCAGGGAACCUUUGCGAGAAAAGCCCAAAGUCGGGUUAGGACACCACACGCUGCUGGCAGAGUGAACAUAGACGACUUAGACGACGAAGUCCCUCAGUCCUUGCUCAUUGAAGACGAGCAAGGUCCAUCGCCGGUGUCGAAAGCUGGGCAGAACAGAGCAUUGCCGCCGCCCGUGUCGGGUCCAUCGAGUAGAGCAACUCGGGCUAAAUGGCAAGCUACUCAGGAACAGCAGCGAUUGCACCAAGACCCCAUAUUCCCGAGAACGCAUAGCAAAGAAAAUUCACGGAGAGGCCACCCUCUAGGAAUGAUGGACCCAAAGGACCGAGCGAUGUGGAUGUGGACGAAUGUCGAAAACCUAGACAAUUUCCUGAAGGACGUUUACGACUACUACACUGGCAACGGGAUCUGGUGCAUACUACUGAACAGAGUGUUGAAUCUUCUUACCCUAGCAUUCGUGGUUGCCUUCAGCAUGUUUCUUGGUUCGUGCAUUAAUUAUAAGGAGAUACCGGACAGCAAGAAGAUGUCUCAGAUCCUUGUUCCACGAUGCACCAAGAACAUGUCUAGGCCCACUAAUCUACUGAUCUGGCUGUUUGCCUUCUUUUGGAUAUGUAAAUUGUUUCAAUACGGCAACGACUUUCGCCAUCUUAGGCAUAUGCAAAGUUUCUUUCGCUACCUGUUAGAGAUCUCGGACACUGACAUUCAGACGGUCUCAUGGCAAGAGAUUGUGAAGCGUUUGAUGUUACUGAGAGACUCGAACCCCGUCACAGCGGCAGCUGUCAAAGACAAACAUCGUCGCUUUCUAGGCAGCCAGUCCAAGCAACGCAUGGAUGCCCAUGACAUUGCGAACCGUCUGAUGCGAAGAGAAAAUUAUAUGAUUGCCCUGAUCAAUAAAGACAUCCUCGAUCUCACGCUACCUGUGCCUUUCUUGAGAAAUAGGCAGUUUUUCUCAAAGACCCUCGAAUGGAACUUGAGCUUGUGUAUCCUAGAUUUUGUGUUCAACGAGCAAGGUCAGGUCAGGCCUUUAUUCCUCAAAGAUAUCCGCCGCCGUGCUCUCAGCGAUAAAUUACGAGAACGGUUCAUCUUCGCAGGAUUCAUGAAUCUCUUCUGUGCUCCUUUCUUAGUGAUCUUCUUCAUGCUCUAUUACUUCUUCCGCUAUUUCAAUGAGUAUCAACGCAACCCUUCUCAGAUCGGGUCUCGUCAAUAUACUCCGCUGGCGGAGUGGAAAUUUCGAGAGUUCAAUGAGCUCUGGCACCUAUUUCAGCGACGCGUCAACAUGUCAUACCCCUUUGCUUCACGUUACCUCGAGCAGUUUCCCAAGGACAAAACGAUUCAGAUUUCAAGAUUUGUUGCAUUCGUCACCGGUGCCCUGGCUUCCGUUCUCGCCCUGGCCUCUGUCAUUGAUCCGGAGUUAUUCCUGACAUUCGAGAUCACGCCCGAACGCACAGUCCUAUUUUACCUCGGCGUCUUUGGGACUGUCUGGGCCGUCGCUAGAGGCAUUGUGCCUGAGGAGAACCUUGUCUUCGAUCCCGAGUACGCUCUCAAUAAUGUUGCGGAAUACACGCACUAUCUCCCAAACCAUUGGCGAGAUCGACUCCAUACCAACGAAGUACGUGCGGAGUUUGCUACGCUCUACAAAAUGAAGUUGAUAAUCUUUCUGGAAGAGAUCCUCAGCAUUAUCAUCACGCCCUUGAUACUCUGGUUCAGCCUCCCAAAAUGCAGUGAUCGGCUUAUAGACUUCUUCCGCGAGUUCACGGUCCAUGUUGAUGGACUCGGAUACGUCUGCUCUUUUGCAGUGUUUGACUUCAAGAAAGGAGGCAACAACACUGCCCCCCUAGAUGGUGAAGCAGCGCAGGAUCUCCGCGAGGAAUACUAUUCGACCAAGGAUGGCAAAAUGCUAGCUUCAUACUACGGCUUCAUCGACAACUAUGUGACCAAUCAACGGCCUGGGGCACCUUUCCUCCAUCCAACGACUAGGUCAAGCUUCCAUGUACCCCCCGUAUUCCCAGGCCUGAUGUCCCCAACUCUAACUGCCGAAGUUCAUGGGCCAGCUCUAAGCAGACCAGCGAGAGCAGAUCGCCACAAGCGAGCUCCCACCCGAUCAGCCUUGUCCGGCGUAACGGCAGGACAACAAUUGGUGCACCAACGUAAUCCGAGAUUCGCUCCUACAGGCGAUCAUGCAUCACCUAUGGCUUCCAUCUUGUUGGAUCCUCAACACCAGCCUGCACCUACUGGUCCAAGGACGCAGCGUAGAUUUGGCACCCAGUCUCGAUUGCGGACGACAACCAAGCCACUUCAGGAUCCUUUGGAAGACGAGGAAGAGGCUCUGCGGGAGAAUGAUGGACGCUUGGGCGCCGAUGGUAGUGAAGGUGCGGCAGACGAUAGCCAUCUGGGUGAAUCGUGGAAGACGACUCGUGCUGGUACUCUGGAUGAGAAUGGCGAUGAAGACGUCCAGGCAACAAAUGAUGAUAGAGGGCCUGGUGGUAUCUUGGGCUUGGUUUACCAAUUUUCGAAGGCCCGAGAGGGUAGGGGUGGUGUAAGCAUUUAG